AUGAAAUUACUAAAAAAUACGUCAAUUUUAGUGUUAAUGGCUGAGAAUGGUCGAUUAAAGAAACUUGAUGCAGUCUUGAAUACGUUUGAAGCAAUUAUGCAUGCACAUCGUGGUGAAUUGUUCGUGCAGAUUACAACGGCGGCUCCAUUGACGAAAUCACAAGAAACGUCGCUGAACGAAGCGCUGAAGAAAUUUGCGAAAGCAGGUGAGACACUGCAUGUGACAACGGUGAUUAAUCCCGAAAUAAUCGGUGGAUUAAUUGUAAAUAUCGGUGAUCGUUACGUUGAUAUGAGCAUCGCGUCAAAAAUCAAGAAGUAUGAACUAGCAUUGCGUGCGGCAGUUUGA